GCAUGUGUGUAUUGUUUAAACUGGCCAAAACCAAACGACCGAGUGAGCACACAAACUUCCACACGGAGACAUGGCGGCCGUGGUGUCCGUUAGCUCAGCUGCCAGAGACGAGAAGUCCUUCACUGCUGCCAACUCUGCCCCGAAUCCACACUUUAAAAGUUACGACCAAGCAGCCGAAACCGAAAGCUGGGGGUUUGAAACGGGCAAACACGUUGAUGCGCACACCGGCGAUGAGGGUUCAUCGACGGCCAGCGACUGUCCGCGACGACUCGAUGAUGAACCGGCGGCCCUCAGUCCAGAAGAGAUUACUAGUCGUUUGGAAAGAACGAGAAGAGAGUUUUAUAAUAGGCGAAAAAUAAUUAUCAAGAACCUCCCUGCCGAUAUCAGCAAUCAGGAGGUGCAUGAGCUGUUAAGUAACUAUGAUUUGAAGUACUGCUUUGUGGACAAAUACAAAGGGACAGCCUUUGUGACUCUACUGAACGGUGAGCAGGCUCAGUUUGCGAUAAAGGAGUUUCACCAAUUUGUUCUCCGUGAGCGUGAGAUCUCUGUGCAGCUGCAGCCGACCGACGCUCUGCUAUGCAUCGCCAACCUUCCCAUGGCUUUUAGCCAGCAACAGUUUGAGGAGCUCGUCCGCCCCUUCGGAAACAUUGAGCGCUGCUUCCUGGUGCACAGUGCCACAACAGGCCACUCAAAGGGCUAUGGCUUUGUGGAGUACAUGAAGAAGGACUCUGCAGCCAGGGCGAAGUCCGAGCUGCUGGGGAAGCAGCUUGGGUCACGAAUGCUGUAUGUACACUGGACAGAGGUUGGCUCUCUCACGUUUCCCAUGCUGCACUCGUGCUGCCUCUGUGUGGACCGACUACCUCAAAACAUCCUCACCUCUCAGGAUCUCUGCAGUGUGCUGACUGACACACACACUCCCAUCUUCUGCCAGCUUGCUCAGGGUCAAGAUGGUAAUUUUCGGCGGUUUGCAGUGCUGGAGUUCUCCACGCCUGAGAUGGCUGAGGAUGUGCAGCGGCUGACUGAUGGCAGAGCUCUAGGUGGCACUCACAUACGUGUGUCCUUCUGUGCUCCAGGACCACCAGGAAGAAGCAUGCUGGCUGCCCUCAUCGCCGCCCAGACUAUGGCCUUGAACCGAGGGAAAGGUCUCCUUCCUGAACCCAAUGCUAUGCAGAUCCUUACUGGCCUCAGUAACCCUGCUGCACUGAAGAUGCUGCUGCAGCAUAAACAAGGCCUGCUGGGAGCUGCGCCCUCUGUACCUCUGCUGGCUAACCCUGCCCUCUCUGCUGCCCUCAUGCAGCUGCUGCUCCAGAACCAAGUCCAACAGGCUGGACUGCUGAGUGAAAAUCCUCUGGCUGCUCUUCCUCUUCAAGGCAUGAACAUGUUGGGAGAGAUGCCUCAAGGCACUAUUGCUUCGACACUGGGCUUGCAGAAUGAAACUCUUGGCCCCGUCAAACAACCAUCCCUCAGCCGACCUCUUGGGAGAGAGAACGAGACCCCAGCCACACCAAUCGGCCUUCCCCCAACAGCCUCUCCUGCACUGCAGGGACUGAAUUUGCCUCUCCUGAGUGGGAUGUUAGGAUCAGAUGGACCGACUCUACCGGGGGCAUCUAUAUUAGGCGAGCCUCCCAAAGAAGUUGGUGCAUCCCAGAACCCUUUUCUCAGUGCUCCUAGCAUAUUCCCAUCUUCAGGUGCCAGCACAAGGGCUCACCCCUACAGGAAGAGAAUGGCACUUGGCAACACAGCUAACCAACGUGCAAACCACGGCAUCCACUCGAACUACAGCCUGCGCUUCCAGGAGUCUUGCACACCAGAGUUUUCUCUGCACCAGGACCCCUUGUCUCAUUUGUAUGAGCAGCAGGAGAUUCUGGAAAAUGCAGCACUUCCCAGCUACGGUUUGCAGCACUCCAGGCAAACCGGCUUCAGUGAUGCAGGGUCUCCUUUCAGCUAUCCACCCAGCCCCCCUCAGUCAUCUUAUUUCAGCUUUGGAGCCCAUACCAACAUCCCCUCCACCCAGCUUAAUAAGGCUGUUGGAAUGCCUCCAGUGACUCAUUCCAGCCUGUUUUCUGCUGCACCUGGUGCUGGUGUGAAGACUCCCGUCGGUGGGCAGAAGCGUCUGUUCUCCCGUCUCAUCCCGUCUCCAGAGCCCAGUCCUGAGGGUGGAUAUGUAGGUCAGCACUCUCAGGGUCUCGGGGGGCACUACGCCGACUCCUACCUGAAACGCAAGCGCUUCUUUUGACCAGCACUCAACGGCUUCCUCUGAACCACCAGCUCUCUAAAGGGAUCGCUGCUUAAAUACCAUCUUUAAGUGAGCGUGAAAGAGCAAUGAACCAUCUUCGAGUUCACGCUGGUGAAAGAAAGGACCCUGAAGCUGAAGGAUGAUUGCUGAAGUUUGUGUGUAUAUAAUUUCCGUGUCUGUAAAUAUUGUUUUUUUUAUUUUGCCUUUUUAAUUUUGUUUUAAUUGUUUUAUUUUUCUAAACCUAAAGAUGCAACAGACACCACAAUGAAAGAAAAAGGGUUUUUCCUGUCAAGUUCAUUUAAAUAGUCCUUUUUUUUUUUUUGUCUUUAAUUUGAGUCAUUUAAACAGAACAAUAGCCUUUUUCUAUUGUUAGUCUUGUUUGUGUGUGUGUGUGUGUGUGUGUUUUUCUGAAAAAGGCUCCUCAACUACAAACACUUUCUCUCACGUACAAGUGCCAAGGCUAACAUGCUUGAAAAUCAUGUAUCUGUGCAACGGCUACAGUAGCUGUCUGUUUUCUUCAGUGAGUCACCUGUCUGUGUCUUUAUAGGGAGCUCUGAAGCUCGUUUAGUGUUAGAUUUAGCUCAAAAUAGUUGUAUCCCCACCACCACCACCACGUAUUUGUGUUGCACUAAUUCCCAUCUUUGCAUCCCAUUUUUACAGAGUCAGAGUUUUCUGUGCGUUGCACUUGGAGGAUAUGGAUUAUGUAUAUUCAUCCUCCGGAAUCUGUCCUUUCCACACCAGUCUCGUUCACGCUCAUUCCUGUUUUCUGCCUGCAUUCACACCUCUCUUUGACCUCGUUCAGCCUGCACAGUUUUGCUGUUGCAAAGCGUUAGAGUCUCGGCCGUCAUGUUGUGAAGGCCCAGCUGGUUGGAGACUGAGUAUGGGCUGCCGUUCUCCUCUCACCAGACUCUGAGUACUGCUCAAAGCACAGUGUGCCUGCUGUUGCUUCUGUGUUUCCACACACACAUACUCAUUCGCUCCUCAGUCUUCUGUAUGGUGCCUUUCCUCUGUAGACCAGCAGAGGGAGCCAGGUAGCUUUUCAGUUGGCACUGCUCCAUAUCUUUAUAUUCUUUUUUUUUUUUUAAACAAACAAAAAGAGCCAACAGUCUGAAGCAGGCCAAACCUGUGCCUUAGUGCGGCAUUUACUUUUGCCGUUGUAAUUGUGACUACCUUUUCCCCUCUGGUUUGAACUGCUGCACCCCCCAAUGGGAAGAAGCUUCUACAGACUGGAAUGUGAUUGACGUAUGAUUGAGUACUUGGUCUGUGUGUGCAAUUUUUAUUAAACUGGUUGACAUUUGAUUUGUGAUAAUGCAUUACCUCUGACUUGUACCGCAGCUUACGAUGGAGCCUUAAAACGGCAGUGUUUACUGUAAUCUCAUCACACUGUGAGCCUCGAAUACAUUUUAGUUUGUUUAUCUGCAGUGUACAUGCUUGAGUUUGAUUACAUUGCUUCUCUGGAAUCUUGAACUCGUGUUCUUGUAUUUCUUCUAGUCUGUAAUGGUACCACAAUUGCUGCUCUAUAUUUUGUAUCCCAUCUGAGUGAAGUUACACCGUGCAGUAUCUUGUAAAUGAUUUUUCAUGUGUGAUACGUGGUAACAGGAGCUGCUGCUGCUGUGUGAAAUGAACUAAACCUUCAGAUGUGGUAAAUGACCUCUUCAUCACCAAAUCACUCUUCUGUACAGCUCUUCUGCUCUGUUUUUGUGGCAUUUGAACAAGUAAAUGUUAUUUAAGUUCA